UAAACCCCGGCUGGUCAAAACUCACUCAUUUAAAUAUCAUUGCCGUAUCAAGAAUAACCACCCGCUUAACUGCUCCAUCACGAGCUGCAGGGAACAGGUUGCCUGGGAAACGGCCGCAUGGCAACAGGAUCAGAGCCGGGGGGUUGUCUGCUGCUAGCUCUGCUCCCGUUUCCCAUUUCCUCACUAGAUGGUGUGCAAGCCACUGGAGAGUCGACUUCCUUACGCGGUCAGGCUCCGAUCAAAACAAAUCUGGGAAACUACACGGAACGCCGUUUCUCGGGGUUUUCGCGGAGGAUUAUUGUAUUGUCAUCCAGAUAUAUUUCUUUCUGAUAACGGCGCGGAUCGUGCUCCAUUCGGCGGUGAUGGACAUAAUGAUUGCAGUGCAGGAUGCGUGCGUCUCCGGUCAGUGGCUCACCGCUAUAAUUCUUAGUCUUUGCUGCUUUUUACCAUCGUGUUUGCCCGCUGGACAAACUGUGGACUAUGCGUCCAGCGAGAGUGUGGUCAGCAGACAGGGAGACACCGCGCUGCUCAGAUGCUACCUGUUGGAUGGGAUUUCAAAAGGAGCAUGGUUGAAUCGUUCCAGUAUCAUUUACGCAGGGAAUGACAAGUGGUCAGGGGAUCCUCGCGUCUCCAUCGUAUCAAAUGUGGGGGAUAAACAUGAAUACAGCUUACAGAUACAGAAAGUGGAUGUAACGGAUGAGGGCUUGUACACCUGCUCGAUACAGAGUGAGCGUAACCUACGCCCAAAACUCAUUCAGUUAAUUGUAAAAGUUCCUCCUAAAAUCUAUGACAUUUCAUCGGACAUUGCGAUAAACGAAGGCAACAAUGUUUCACUCAUCUGCUCAGCCAGUGGGAAACCAGAGCCCAAAAUCUCUUGGAAACACAUCUCCCCAUCAGCCAAGAAGUACGAAAGCGGGGAGUAUUUAAAUAUCACAGGCAUCACUCGGGAUCAAGCAGGGGACUAUGAGUGUGCCGCCGAAAAUGACAUUGCUUCACCCGACACCAAGACCGUGAGAGUAACAGUCAACUUUCCUCCAGCAAUCCAUGAGAUGAGAAGUCACGGGGUCCGACCCGGUCAGAUUGCCCUGCUGAGAUGUGAGGCAGCAGCUGUCCCCUCUCCAGUCUUUGAGUGGUACAAGGGAGAGAAAAGGAUUAACAUGGGCCAAGGAAUAGACAUCAAGAACCUCAGCUCCAGAUCAGUUCUCACAGUCAAGAACAUGACACAGGAUCGCUAUGGCAACUACACCUGUGUGGCCGUCAACAGGUUGGGAACAGCCAACGCCAGUGUGCCUCUGAUUCCAAUUAUUGAAUCCACAACAACUAGUGCUGUCUCAAGUCCAGCACCCAACACCGCUCCGUAUGGAAGUACAGGAGGCGCUGAAGUCCUGCUGGCCUGCCGGUACCUGAUCCUGGCUCUCUCUUCUCUCGUCAGCGUUUACUAGUCCUGGGGAUGGCCAUACACAAUGACUGUAAAGAACCCUUUUGAGCAUUUACAGAUCCUUUGACAUUGCUGAUGGCUGGAUCCAAUCUGGUACAGUGUGUUUGGAAAGCAGCGAGGGAUUUUAAUCAGCAUUGCUUAUGUUGGGAUGGUAAUUUUCUUCUGUGGUGUUUGUCAUCAUGUAAAUACAUACGGUUUUAGGGGGGUGGUUUUCUUUCUCUUGUCUUAUUUUCUAUUCUUUUCUUAUUUUCUUUUUCCUGAGUUCCCACUUUGUGAAUCAGCACACAUUGUCCCCUUCAAACGCUCACAAAUUAGCCGAAAUCACGCUUUGGAAAAGUACGGGUGUGUGACGUUAGUGUCUUUGUUAUUGAAAAAGGAAAGACGCCCUAGUGUGCCACCUUGCUCUCCAUCAUUCACAUACCCACUAAAUGUUUAAAUAGUAAGUUUUUUGCCGAGCUCAUUUAAAUCCAGUGAACCAAGAAACACUGUUUAAGAUUUCACAAAGGGAGAGAUAUUGAAAUUGAUAUCAAAAGUAAUACAGUCAAAGGCGAAGCGAACAAUUGAAGAGCAGCUUUAGUUUAAUACGCUAAUGCACAUGGUUUUCCAUUGACUGUGAAAUAUGAUUAUUAAUUUUCUUGACCAAAACUACAGCCAUACCUCAAUGGUUUAGACCUCUGGGCUAUAGUCCCCAAUUGCAUUUAACUGAAUCAUGCAGUGUACGAUCAUAAACCUUUCUAGUUAUUCUAGUCAUACAUGAAUUAUGAAUUAGUUGUUAUACUGCAGGAAAAAAUUUAAACCUAGAUUGCACUGGAGAUUCAAAUAUGUAAUCAUAUGAGAUACAUUUGCCUCUUAUAAAGCUAUUUGUAAGCCUAAUUUUAAAAUUAAAAUGAGCCUUUUCUGGUGGUCAAAAGGUUAUAAAACAGCAAAGCAGAGUUACAGAGAAAUGUGAAAAAGCAAUCGAGAAAUUGUCUGUGUUGCAUGUGAUGUUAUAUUUAUUAAGAUAUCAAAUAAAAAUAGCACAUAAAAGAUAUUCUUUAGUUGGCAGUAUGCAAAAUAUUGUAACAGGCCAAUCCAAAGUAAAAAGUGGGGAAAAAGUAGGUCAUAUUUGAUGUGCACUUUGAUUAAAUGAGGAAAUUACGAACAGUGUCUAAUGGAACUUAUCUGACGAUCAUUCAAAUCAUUAUUAGCUUUUUUUUUCUUUCAUUUUAUGGAGUAUGUUUUAUGGUUGUAAUCAUUUGAACUGGAUUUUUAUAAUGUAUUAACAUAUUACCUGCUUUGCUUCUGUAAGUGUGAAAUAGUUUUGAAUAGGGAAGCAGAAAAAAACUGAAUAUGCACUUCCCUUGUGGGGACAAUAUGAAACUUUCAAGUGUGGAUCCAAACAUGUGAAUGAAUAUUAUUUCAAAAUACGUAUGCAGUAUGGCAUAGUUUACAAUGUUGUCUUUCAUUUUAGAUGCCACAACUGUUGUUGAUUCUUGUCAAAUGAGUAGAAGUUGGAAAAAAGAACCGUUUGUAAUCAAAUAAUCUACUUUUAACUCAGAGGGUGUGAACCAGUCAUACGGUAUAAUAGAAAACGAGUCACGUGUGUGUAUAUUCGAAGAAAGUAGAAUUCAUUUUAUCUUAUUGGUAGAGCCAGUGUCUAGGUUUAGUUUAACCUCUACCCUAGUUCCCACACAAUUGUUGUAUACUAAGAUGUGCAGAAAUUAUAAAUGUGCUGCAUGUCAAAUUAAUAUGUAUGUUAAGGUGGCCACUUACCAUAAAUCGAUAAUUUGAGAACAAAACCAGUUUCGAGGUUGCUUUGACUUAAUGAAAUGUGUUCUACACUACUGAACAUCACUAGGCCUGUCUGUUGAGCUAUGAUGAAAUGUUCUUUUCAUGUGAAAGUCAUCACAGAAUCAUUUCUGCUCAGUGUGCAAUACUGGGUCCUCUCCUAUGGACUGUGCUAUUCGGAAACGUGUGACGAAUUAAAUUUUUUAAAUUUAUUAUUUCUUGCGCAAAGUACAUUUUCAAUGACAGGAAGUGUCGGAAUAUUUCACUUACAACGGAUAUGUUCUGAUGAAGAAUCAUAUAGGUCUCACCGAUAUCUCCCUUUGCUUAUUACAGACCUAAAAGCCUCAAAGAUCAAAACGAGAGCUGUUAAAUAUUCAUCGCUGCGAAGGCCUGGCUCUCGCCGUUGUGAAAUAAAAAGUAACAUUGCACUUGCUUAUCAUUGCCACAAAGAUCCAUAAUCGCAGAUUAAAACCAAGAGCUUUGACAGUUACAGUAAAUACGCUCCAUUUCAAUAUUCUGACUCCACUCUAGAAGCAAGUACUGUAUAAAAUGUGCCUUUAAAAGUAUUAAUUGAUAUGAUCUGUUGCCAUACCAUGUCAAGUGGCAUGUGUAAGCCUCAUGCAUUUGCCAUUCAUAGCUAUUAUACAAGACGAAUCAGUGUUGUGCAGUAUUUCUGGCUUCUUUCAGUCUAAUAGAUGAUAAAAGGGGCAUUAAAAAAAUAUACGUCUGCCAAUUUUGAGUUCUGUAAAGAAAUAAAAGCAGCACAUGCUCUUUAAAUAAAUAUUGUGAAUGAUACCUUAACAAAGAGCUCAUUAAAGCAUCAUUAAAACUGCGUAAAUGGGUAUCAAGAUAAAAAAAGCAGACAAGAGCAUCCAUGCAUGCAUAAUUCUCCUGAAAGUUACAGCCUUUCAAAAGAGUCGGUAAAUAACUGGCAAAUGUGCUGCAAAUUUUCACUCCGAGCAUCUAAUGACUUGAUGAUCACAUUCCUGGACAUGCAUUAAUGUUCAAUGACGUGUUUCGAAAUUUUCUCACGUCAGCCAAGCGACAGAUAUACAGAACUUGUGUGGUGCCAGUGGUCACGAAAACCCAAAAGGCCAAUGCUAUUUUCGAAUGGGUUCAAAUUACUGCAAGCAGCACAGUAUGUUGUGGCCCGAGGAGACCCCUUGGGUUCCAACACCUUCCCAGAAUCGUCGCCAUGUGCUAUGAGCUAGCAAUUAAGUUUUUUUUUUUUUUGAGAAAUCCUAUGAGCACAUAUCGAUACAAAAAAAAGGUGGAUGUGCAACCACACGUGUACAGUCCGAAAAAACCCAAACAUUUCAGAUACUUCAUCUCCUAUCUCGAGCGAGGCUUCUGGCGAGACAGAAUGAGGGUGGGAGGCGGUAUUUCAAUGAUUAAAAACCUGUCAGCUCCAUCUCUGUAUUGGCCGGACUCUUUUGAAAGUCGGUUUGAGAGUGCUGUGUGUGCGGCCAGGGGAGGUGAUUCUUCUGACCUGGCAGUUAAUAAAAUUCUUCCUGUGCCUUUGUCAGUUUCUGGAGGAUGAUUCUGUGGAGUGCUGGAGGGUGCUGCAUUAACCAGCUGUGAGCGCUCACUCUCUCAGCAGCACUCUGGCAGGGCUGACAGUAAUCUACAUAAACCUCUGUCCUUUUCAAAACGUUUGCCAGUAAUUGCAGUUUUGCAGUAUUCUAAUUGACUCCACGGAGCACUGUAAAGAACAAAAACCUGUAAUCCUUCGCGAAGCCCAUUUGGUUUGCGGCUGUUGUGUUAAAGCUUCGAAUGAUACGAAACUGAUGAUACAUGAAGCGGCCGCCAUGACUGUACCUAGAAACAUGCAUAGGAAAAAUAUUUGUCUGGAUAAUAAAGUAGCUGCCCAAAUGAGAAUGAGUGAAUUCUAAAGCUUUUUUUUUGUUCCCCGCCAUCAAGUGUUUGUCGGCCCCCUCGCUCAUUAUUUUCACUGAGCUGGAAAAUAAGUUAGCCAAGCACUGAUGCAGUGGUUUUGAUAAUGCUAAGGAUUUAGCAGAGCCCUCUUUCGCUGAGCUCUGUUUGAAACCUCCGAUUGCGUCUUAUCAGGAGAAAUGUUUUUUAUGUGAAAAGCAAGGGAUCAAUUUAAGUACGCAAGUCCAGCAUUUUUCGAAAAACACACCGUUCUCUUUUAUUUACCGUUAUGUCUCAUUAGCUGUUGGUUGGCCUGGUAAUUGUUGCUAGCUGUUUUGAAUGGCAUGGGCUAUUUGUGUUGGCACUGUUCAUAUCUUAAGCAGUUAUUUUGUGAAGUGGAAUAAGCCCACCAGUGAAACCACCCGUCUGCUACUGAGUAAUUGAGCACAGAGGACACCCGCCAGAACGAUCCAAGUUUACACUAAUGCUUUUGGGAAACAUUUGGUGAGCUUCGGUUACUUUUGUAUAUACAUGUUUAUUUGAUUUCAGUACCUUUUAUUUUGUUUUGUUCAAUUUGGUGACUAAGUAAAAUGGACAUUGUAACCAUAUUGGGAUGGCUGUACUUUUAUUUCCUCAACUCUAGAAGCUGAAAUUUCUGUGAUGAGAAAUUUGAAAUGGUCAUCUUUACUUACAUGUGUAUGGAGAUACUUUAGCCACCAGGGAUAUAGUUGUAUAUUUUAGGCUCUAGAUCACUGGAAUGACAUAUAUGGCUUUAAGUGGCAUUGAUAUAUAUUGAUAUUGUCAAGAAAAAAAAAAAAGAACCAUAUACUUUAAUUACUUUAAAAGCUUACAUUGUGUAUAGCACGUAUGCAAGUUCAUUUUCAUCAUGUUUGAUGUAAUUUUGUAGCAGUGGUUUGAUACUAAUAAAGUUGGAAGUUGGUGAUGGAACUGUGAAAUGUGCUUUACAUGAUACUUAAUGAAAUGUUAUUAUUUUAAAAUGCUGUACCUGCAUAUGAUAUAAUUCAGCAAGAACGCGAGAUGGUGUGUUUUAUUGCAUUUAAAAUAAAUAUGAAUAUAUUUCAAUUAAUUUCCAGUAGUUAAGACUACGGACUCUUAUGCCGGAAUACUACUUCCCACGUAAGUGAACCAUGUUGCACUGUAAUAAAAUUCAAACAACUC